AUGGCAGCAGACCUGGAGGAGUUCAGUCCCCAAGACCAAAACCGGCUAAUCAAAGCUGGCAUGGAUAACGAAGGCUGGGAUGCUUUUCCGGACGCUCCGGAUUCGCUGCGAAGAUUCUUCGAUGAUGCGUCAACUACACCCGGUUGGGUUGACCCCUCCGCCUUUAUCCCGGGAAUCCGUAUGUUUCACCGGAAUUCGAGGACCAUCCUGGUGGCAUUUGUUGCCGGGGUUCUCAUUGAAGGCUUCACGACCAACAUUGCCAAGUCUUUCUUCGUUACCGGUCGUGUGCGAGAUCAAGGCACCAGGCGUUUGACCCAAAAUAACCGCCACAUGAUGGACAUUUUCUUGCCGGGUCGCUUGGACCGGCAGGGGGACGGCUGGAAGUUGUCCGUCCGCAUUCGCGCAAUUCACGCACGAGUGAGGCUUCUGUCGAGCGCUUCGCCCGAAUGGGAUCAUGAAGCGUGGGGAUUGCCCGUCAGUUCGGCGCAUCUUGGCUAUGCUAUUUCCUCUUUUUCGGCGAGGCUGCUGAAGCACAUGAAGACCCUGGGGGCCGUUUACACCCAGGAGGAAUACGACGGAUUCAUGGCUGUCUGGCGCUACAGCGGUUGGCUGAUGGGCAUCCCUGAGAGCAUCCUGUUCAAAGAUGCCCGGGAAGCCUUGAGAUUGUACGACAUUGGACUCAUAUGUGAGCCUUCCUCCGAGUUGGAAUCUAUAGUCAUGGCCCACGCUUUGAUUAACUCGGCGCCGAUAGUGGCCGGAAUAUCAGAUUCAGCCGAAAGGCAUCAUUUGGCCCAGUAUGUGUAUCGCUUAACUCGUGGUCUCAUUGGCAAGACCCUUGCAGACGAAUUGGAAUUUCCACGAGGUUCUUCCUUCGGGGUGGUCGCCAAGUUUCGUUUAGACGAAUGGCUGGACCAAACCAGGCGAAAGUUGAGGCCCAACUACAAUCAAACAUCCAACCUCAACAAAUUCUCCGGCCUGCUUGAGACGUCAUUAUUUGAUGAAGAAGGUAUCAGCUACAGAUUGCCGGACAACGUUUACGCAGAACAAUCCAGCAAGUGGUAG